GAUCCAAAAUUUGAGUUUCUUCCUUUAGCUUUCCUAUCUUUUAUCAUUAAGUUGCAGAGAAUUGUUACCACCUUUUUUCAACCCCACUUUGCUGAUAAAGCUAAAGCUUAUACCAAGAGAAAAAAGGAAAGGAAGAAAGGAAAUUUCAUGUAAAAACAGAAAAGAAAAAGCUAGGAAAGGUAGCAAAGAAAUAGAUAACACAGAGACAAAUAAAGCUUCUCAAAACCCCAUAAUUUCAAACUCCUCUCUUCUCUUUCUCUCCUAAAUUAAGGACCUUGUGAGGUUCUUCAAGCUACUUUCUCUACUUAAUUUAAGAGCAGGAAGACCUCUCAAGUAACUUUAUAUCAACUUUUUUUUAGGAUCUCAUAUUAUACUUUAUUUAACCAAGUGAUUAGCUGAGGAAAGGGCAUCUGCUUUCAUAUGUUGUUGAUUUAAGGGGAGGGAUGAAUAAAAAUGUUGUUCAUCAGAGCUCACCUGUGCAGCAACUGAUGGCGGCUGGCGGUCCGAACUGGUGGAAUAUGAAUACUAUGAGGCCACAAAAUUCACCGGCUCCUCCACAACAUUCUUCGGUCUUGGCUCUUCCACCUCCUAAUCAAGUGCAGCAAUUUCCUUUGUCAUCUAUGUCAGCAUGGAGUGAUACUCAAGAACCUACAUAUCAGUCACUGAGCCAGCUCCUCAUGGGUGGAAUAAUGAGCGACGAGGAUAAAUCAGCUCUGAGCCAUAUGCAGAAACUGGACAUUCUGGAAGAACAGAUAUUACAUCAAGAAGACUCAAAUGGCUCCAAUUUUGCAGAUCAUGUAAAACAAGAGAACUUGACAAACCACUAUCAUCAUGUCUAUGGUACCACACCAACUACUAAUGCAGAAACUCAGCAGGUUAACAUAUCAAAACCUAGUUGGUCUCAUGUGAUGUCAGUCUCUUCUCCAACAUCUUGUGUUACCACUUUAAGUUCCAGUAACAUGUUGGAUUUCUCCAACAUAAAGGACAGUCGACAUCCACCGCCAGAUCGCUCAUCCGAGUGCAACAGCACAGGAAAUGGUGGGGCUGCGAAAAGAGCUAGACUUCAACCUUCUUCAUCAACACAGUCGUCUACAUUCAAAGUGAGGAAGGAGAAAUUAGGGGACAGAAUAACAGCCCUGCACCAGCUAGUUUCUCCGUUUGGAAAGACUGACACAGCAUCUGUAUUGUCAGAAGCACUUGGGUACAUAAGAUUCCUUCAAAGUCAAAUUGAGGCCCUCAGCUUGCCGUACUUGGGCAGUGCAUCAGCUGCCAACAACUCCAGGGAACAACACUCAGCCGAAUCAGUUGAAGAGGUAAAGGACCUUAAAAGUAAAGGGUUGUGUCUUGUCCCUAUAUCAUGCACCGUCCAAGUCGGGAGUGACAAUGGAGCUGAUUAUUGGGCUCCGGCAUCAUUCUAAGGUGGCGCCAGAGGCCCGGAUCUAAGUACGUACAGCACAAGAUCCUAGCUAGCUAGAGGAAGGAGAUGAUAUAACAUCAUGAGCAGUCACUCUGCUGAAAUUUUAAGGCUGAUUGCUCAUGAUGCUAUGCAUUGCCGCAAUUGUGUUUCUAAAUCAAUUUUUCUUUUUAAUUAUGUGUGUUAACUAGCCAGCUCCUUAAAUUCAAAUUCAUGUUGCAGCUUCA